AUGGACAAUGGAACAGUGUUGUGGGGAAAUGACAGCUUCAAUGCAACAGUUCCCUUUGGCCUGCGCAAAGAAGCUUCUUUUUUUGGUCUUGUCCUUCUCUUGUUGUUGAUGUUUGCUGUUGGUUGUACCAUGGAACUGUCCAAGAUCAAGGAUCAUUUGAUAAAACCCAAAGGGGUGUUCAUCGCCAUGGUGACGCAGUUUGGGAUCAUGCCCCUCACAGCAUUCUGUUUGUCCAAAGCUUUCCAGCUAACAGACAUUGAUGCAGUCGUGGUGCUGCUCUGUGGGUGCUGUCCUGGAGGAAAUGCCUCAAACCUCCUGACUGUGUUGCUCAAAGGAGACAUGAACCUCAGUAUUGUGAUGACCACGUGCUCCACAGUGAUUUCUCUAGGUAUGAUGCCUCUGCUGAUCUUCCUCUACUGCCAGGGUUUUGACAGUCUGCACCAUUUUGUGCCCUACAAAUCUAUCAUGAUCUCUCUGAUCUAUGUCCUGAUCUGCUCUGGUUCUGGCAUUCUUCUCAACUACUUGAGGCCGCGUGCUGCGCUCAUAUGCUCCAAGGUUGGAAUCGUGGUUUGUAACCUUGGUUUGCUUGUGUACUUAAUCUGGCUGUGUCUUAAACUCGGAGAUGUAUUUUGGCUCGUUCUCUCCCUGACCAUGCAGGUCAUUGCUGUUUUCAUGCCCCUGAUCGGUUUCAUCCUUGGAUACGUCUUCUCCUGGAUCUUCAGACUGAGCCCAAAGGAGUGUCGGGCUGUAUCCAUGGAAACAGGCUGUCAGAAUGCACAGUUGUGUUUUGGCAUUCUUAAAAUGGCUUUUGCCCCAGAAGUGCUGGGCGCAGUCAUGUCCUUCCCUGUGCUCUAUGGACUGUACCAGUUCUUGGAAGGGCUGUUCAUAGUAAUGAUAUUUAGGACUUAUCAAUACUGUGCAGAUAAACUGAAAAAACAUUCCUUUGUCCCAGCAAAAACAGAAAUGGAGGAAGUUCCAUCAGUGGCAACUUUGCAGCUGGACUCCGGAAUGAAAUGA